AUGGGUUUCAGGCUCCCCAGAAUUUCUAACACCAAGAGAAUCCUUACUCGAUCUUCAUCUAAUGGAAACCAGACAGCUUCAAAGACCUUAGAUAUUCCAAAAGGCUACUUUGCAGUCUAUGUCGGAGAGAGCCAGAAGAAGCGGUUUGUGAUUCCAAUAUCAUACUUAAACCAACCUUCAUUUAUGGAUUUGCUGAGUCAAGCUGAAGAAGAAUUUGGAUACGACCAUCCCAUGGGAGGUAUCACAAUCCCCUGCAGUGAAGACACCUUCCUAGAUCUCACUUCAAGCUUAAGUGUGUGA